AUGGAAGGUCCCGUGGUGAUGACAUCGCCAAGUCAUGUCGUGCGCUCGCCGGAUGCGCAGGACUCGCCCCGGGGCCAGCGACCAACUAGAACUCGAUUGGACUUUGGGGCGGGGAAGGCGGACGCGGCGGCCCAGCAGGGCGCCCUGCCGGAAGGUGGUUGCGCGGCCGGCGCGGCGGCUCCAGACCCUGUCCGUCCGUCAGGCUCGUCCACCCCGGUGGCGCAUGCGUUCAACUACCCGCGCGGGCUCGCCCACAUCUACCUGGCGGUCGACGACUACUACCGCAACUGCGAGAGCGACCUGCAGGGCAGGUCCGCCAACCACGUCCGACAGGCCCUCGCGGCCCUCGAGAUGUGCGUGCGGGACUUCCAGGACCUGUACGACGAGCUCCAGGUCCGGGGCACGGCGCGGUCGCUCACGGGCGUCCCGGAGCUCGACGAGGGGCAGGGCGCGGCGUCGCUCCCGGCCGACUCCCCCCUGGCGCCCUCCGCACCGCCCGUGUGGACCGGCAAGGGGCGCUUCGCGGGGUCGGCGAGCGAGCCCGCGUCGCCCGCGCGGCAGGGCGGCAGCCCGGCGGCGCAGCGGUCGCCCCAGCGGCUCGAGGGCGCGAACGGCAGCGCGGCCAAGUCGCCACUGAGCGCGGGCGCGGAGAGCCCCGCGGGGAGCGCGGGGUCGCUGCUGUCGCGGCGCGCGGGGUCGCAGCGCGAGCUGCUCGUCGUGGUGGGCUCGGACGUGACCCCGUCGCAGCAGGCGCCGCUGAUCCGGGACCGCCUGAGUCAGCCCAGCAGUCGGGCGUCCGAGAGCGAGGACGUGCGGCGGCGCGUGGGGAGCAAGCUGCGGCGCGGGCGCCGGCAGCGCAUGGACAAGGAGCUCGAGCGGCUCAUGAAGCUGGCGAGGGCAGAGGACGAGCGGAGGGCCGCGCGGGCGCGCGCGGGGGGCGACGCGCGCGCGGGGCCGAGCAGCACCGAGCGCGUGCAGAUGGCGACGGAGCGGCGGCACUCGUACCUGGAGGCGGUGUCGCGGCGCGCGCGCGAGGAGUCGAUCAAGGUCGACGAGGUGCACUUCAUCCAGGAGCUCGAGGCCGAGGGGCGCGCCAACGCGCUGCGGGAGCGCGUGGGCGCGGCGGGGGCGCGCAAGGAGGCCGCGCUCGAGCGCAUCCGCAGCAAGGCGUCGACCUUCGUGGAGCGCGGCGGGUCCGCGCAGGAGCGCAAGGCGCGCAUGGAGGAGGAGCGGCUCGCGCGGCUGGAGGCCAGCGCCAAGCUCAAGGAGGCCGCGCAGCUGCGGCUGGCCGAGGAGCGCAAGCUGGCGCACCUGGCGGCGAUGCGCGCGCGGCAGGAGCAGCAGCGGGCCGCGCAGCACAAGGCCGAGCUCAACGCGGAGACGUUCCGCGAGGAGCGCCGGCGUCGGCUGGAGACGCGGCUGGCGGAGGCGGACAUGCGGCGGUCGCGGUACCUGGCGGAGAUCCGGGACCGCGCGGCGGUGGGCAAGGACACGGGCGCGCCGCGGGAGGGGGUCGCGCGCGACGGCGAGGGCGGUUCGCCGUCGGCGCGCCUCGCGGAGGGCUCCCCGCGCGCGCGCAGCGGGCAGCCGUCGCCGUCGCCGUGGACGCAGCGGGCGUCGGCGCGGGAGCGGGAGGCGUCGCCGACGCUCGCCGCGCCGGGGUCCCCGAGCGGUCCGUCGUACGACCCGCAGUGGGCGCACGCGGGGCAGAUGUGGGCGGCGGGGCGCGCGUUCCGCACCGCGGCGUCGAUGGCGAACCGCUUCAAGGGCAUGCGGCGGCGCUCGAAGAAGCUGCAGAUCCGCAUGGACGACACGCGGCUGGCGAUCCUGGCGGAGGAGCGCAAGCGGCGGCCGGCGGGGGAGAAGAUGGAGGGCGCGGGGUCGUGGACGUCGCCGCUGCUGAUCACCGCGAAGGAGCUCGAGUUGCUGUCGCAGCAGCUCAGCGGGGCGGGGUCGCACGCGGAGCGGGGGCGCGCGCAGGAGCGGCUCGCGGCGGCCGCGGGGAGCCUCGAGGGCCUCCUCGCGCGGUCCCCGCCGGACCCGCAGGGCGAGGACACGGCGCGGCUGGCCACGGCGCUGGUGCGGCUGGCCUCGUCGCCCUUCCCCAAGGGGCCGCUGCGCGGGGGCGACGCGGAGCGGGGCGCGGGCGGGAGCGAGCACGGCGGGAGCGACGGCGCGGGCGAGGCCGAGCCCGCCGCCGCGCGCCGGAAGGACGCCGAGCCCAUCGCGCUGCCGACGGCGGCGCGGCUGCUGGCGUGCGCGCUGGGCGUCCUGCGCUCGGGCCCGCGGCCGGCGUUGCGCGCGCUGCGCGAGUGCGUGCUCCCGUCGCUGGCGUCGCGCAUGGUCACGCUCGUGGACCUGGCCGUGCACCGCGACUCUUCGGAUCUGGGGUGCCUCCCGCUGCUGCCCGAGGAGGCCUCCUUCCUCGAGAGCGCGUUCGGGACGAUCGCGCGCGUGCUCUCGGCGGGGCGCGAGGAGGCGCCCGCGCUGCCGCAGGAGUGGGCGACGCUCCUGGAGCUCACGCGCGGGCAGCUGCUCGCGGCGGGGCUGGUGUACCGCGUGCACGAGGUGCUGGCGCUGUUCGAGAGCGAGGAGGCGGCGACGGCGGUCCCCGCGCACGUCGAGGCGACGCUCGAGGCGCUCGAGGCGCUGUCGGCGCCGCGGCCCGAGGACCUGAAGCCCCUGCCGCGGGACACCCCCCCGUCGUCGUGGUCGGUGGCGCUCUCGCUGAUGAUCUUCGUGAAGGAGACGCACCUCGUGCGGCUCACGUCCGUGCUGACCUCCGUCCUCCUGCGCCACCAGGCGGCCCGCGCGGAGACCCCCGGCCCCGCGCGCGACGGCGAGACGCCCAGCGCGCGCAGGGCCGGCGCGCCGCUCCCGCGCAACUUCGACUCGGUGGCGCUGCGCGUCCUGCGCACGCUCAACAACUUCGCGAUCCUCGACAUCCGCGCGGUCCAGACCCUCCUCGCCCUCCCGGACCUGCGCCUGGAGAUCCUGCACCUGCUCUCGUUCCUCCUGCAGCGGUGCUGCGCGCGCCUCGAGGACGCCGCGGGCGACACCGCGGGCCCGUCGACGCCCGACACCGCCCCGGACACGGCCCUGAACGACGCCAUGCUCGACGAGGUCCUGCGCCUCCUCGGCGCGGCCGUCCUCAUGCACCCGGGCAACCAGGCCAUGCUGCAGUGGGGCCGCACGCCCAUACUCAAGCAGCUCCUCGCCCUCCCCUCCAGCUACGCCGGGUCCGCGCGCGGCGCCGCCGUCGCGCUCCCCGCGCUGCUCGCCGCGGUCUUCGAGUGCCCGUCCAACUGCCUGCUGGUGGCCAAGGCGAGCCCGGGGCCGCGGGCGGACGCGGCGAGCCUGCCGAAGCAGCCGCCGUCGGGCGCGGCCGCGGUGGAGGCGCUGCGGCUCGAGGACAGCGCGUGCAAGACGCCCGUGUCGCCGGCGAGCGGCCUCCCGCGGACACCGGCGUCGGCCGAGGCCGAGGCGGCGCCGUACGGGCUGAACCUGCAGUCGCUGCUGCGGUACGUGACGGACGUGAAGGAGACGCUGCUCGCGGAGUACAAGCGCGGCACGGACGAGAAGGACGGGGCGGCCGCGCCGGGCACGCCCAUGGCCCGGCAGUCGGCGCGGGCGGCGCUCUGGCGGGAGGACCAGUCGGACGCGCGGUACAGCAUCUGCACGCGCUUCCCGCAGGCGCUGCUCCCGCGGGCACAGGCGUUCCUGUCCGCGUUGCUGCCAACCACCGCGUCUCCAGGGCCAGACGCAUCAUGA